AUGUGGGAGAGAGAAGACGAACAGAGACCCCUUUUUAACCUAUUCCUUUUUUGCUUCCACCGGUCCUUUCUGCGAGGCUCGCCGCAACGCCACAACUGUGCAUCAUUCUUUUUUUUUGUCUCCACACCAGCACGACGGAGGUUCUUCGAGGUGGUCUACCAAUGGCUAGACUACCCUGUAGUGUAUGUCUACACACCGGGCUCUGAAAAUUCAUUGGCUUGCAUCGUGACCGAGAUGCGGUUGCAUUCUUCGGGGGCCUUGGCCGUGAAAGUUCCCCCCCCNCCCCCCCCUCCAUCAAGAAAGGCAAGGGGAAGAAAAAUAAAGGCAUGA